AUGGCAUCCACGGGCAUGCAGAUAUUUGGGUUUGUCCUGGCGCUGUUGGGCAUCAUGGGUGCCAUGGUGGCCACUCUGCUGCCGAACUGGAAGGUCAGCGCAGAUGUGGGCUCCAACAUCAUCACAGCGAUUUCCCAGAUGCAGGGUCUGUGGAUGGACUGCACAUGGUACAGCACAGGCAUGUUCAGCUGCACACUUAAGUAUUCUGUGCUUUCACUACCUGCGUACUUGCAGACUGCCCGCACCACAAUGGUGCUCUGCUGCGUGCUGGCUGCCAUGGGCCUCUGCCUCGCAUCCCUGGGACUAAAAUGCACACGUUGGGGUGGUGGACGGCGCUCCAAGCGGCACGCUGCGAUUGCCAGCGGUGGCUGCUUUGUCGCUGCAGGCUUUCUGUGUCUGGUGCCUGCCUCCUGGUUUACCAAUGAGGUCAUCACCAACUUCCUGGACUCCAGUGUGCCCGAGAGCAAUAAGUUUGAGCCUGGGGGUGCUGUGUACGUGGCCUUUGUUUCCGCUGGAUUCCUCUUCAUGGGGGGGUGCAUCUUCUGUAUGUCCUGCUCCGGGAAGAGGCAUGGCCCCCAGGACCUGGUCCUGCUCCCUCCCCCUGACAAAUUGCUGCUCCAGCAGCAACAGCAACAGCAACAGCUGCUCCAGCAGCAGCAGGAGCUCCAGCACCAGUACUGCUCUCUCUCCCCAUUAGACAAUAAGACUGGCUACAGCCUGCAGGACUAUGUGUAA